CCGCGGUGCGUCACGGGAGCUGCGGCGGCGACCUCCUGGCUCCCGCCCCCGCACGCGCCCGCCGCACGCACGCGCACUGCGCUCAGCAUGAGGGUCGCGGCCCUGAUCAGUGGUGGGAAAGACAGCUGCUAUAAUAUGAUGCAGUGCAUUGCUGCUGGGCAUCAGAUCGUUGCUUUAGCAAAUCUGAGACCAGCUGAAAACCAAGUGGGGUCUGAUGAACUGGAUAGCUAUAUGUAUCAGACAGUGGGACACCAUGCCAUUGACUUGUAUGCAGAAGCAAUGGCUCUUCCCCUCUAUCGCCGAACCAUAAGAGGAAGGAGCUUGGAUACAAGACAAGUAUACACCAAAUGUGAAGGUGAUGAGGUUGAAGAUCUCUAUGAGCUUUUGAAACUUGUUAAGGAAAAAGAAGAAGUAGAGGGGAUAUCAGUAGGUGCUAUACUUUCUGACUAUCAGCGUAUUCGAGUGGAAAAUGUGUGUAAAAGGCUUAAUCUCCAGCCUUUAGCUUACCUUUGGCAGAGAAACCAGGAAGAUUUGCUCAGAGAGAUGAUAUCAUCUAACAUUCAAGCAAUGAUCAUCAAAGUAGCAGCUUUGGGCUUAGAUCCUGAUAAGCAUCUUGGGAAAACCCUGGAUCAAAUGGAGCCAUAUCUCAUAGAGCUUUCUAAGAAGUAUGGAGUACAUGUUUGUGGAGAAGGUGGAGAGUAUGAAACUUUCACUUUGGAUUGCCCUCUAUUUAAGAAGAAAAUAAUUGUGGAUUCGUCAGAAGUAGUCAUGCAUUCAGCUGAUGCAUUUGCACCUGUGGCCUAUCUACGCUUCUUAGAAUUGCACUUGGAGGACAAGGACAGAACAGCAUAAAAUAAGCAGAAUUACAAAUUUGAUUAUCAAACUCUCAUUGCUGUCACUCCAAUCAACAACUUUUUGAAGGAAGUGCAGAUCUCUCAAUCAUGAGUAUGGAAACUCAGAGAAUAUAAGUGACUUCCUCUUGUCUCUAACCUGUGUUCAAGCCUAUAGGUAAGCAACUGCCAGAUGUCGUAUUUCUCUAACUAGACUUUUUACCCUCCCUAAGAACACUCCAGCCCCAUAAAUUUUUCCCAAAGAUGUUACAUGUUCCUAAGAAGUAACUUACAUAAACACAAAAAACUAGUACCCUUGCCUAUUUAUGGAGCUUCUACUAUUUUUCUCCUCCUUUCCUGGUAUGCUAUGCUAAUGUCAUCUUUUCAUGGUGAUGCCUGCCCAUGUCACUACUGACACUUAUAAUGCCCAGUAUUGAUGGCACUAUAUUUUGUGCUAAUGGUACCAUUCUUUUCCCAGUCACCAGCACUCCCCUGUCACUAUCAAAUCACCCCAUUCUUAUCAGUCCUCAAAUAGCUGUCAUCAGUGCAUCUAAUGUUUACCAACAGACUCUUUUUAGUCUUCCUUAUAUUCUCUUUGCAUAUUUCUUGCCCUAAAAUUCAGGAGUGAUAAAGUCAAAACCAUUACAAACCCCAGUAUUCCUCCUAUGCACACAUUUAUACACAUACCAGAUAUGCUUGCUCAUUGACCCUGAACUAAACUAGUAAACAUCACUCUUUCCCUUUAGGUCAGGAUGUGUGUUCUUCCAUUUCCAUCUCCUGGCUCUUGACCUCAUCUCUUGUAAAUGGAUCCCUCGUGGACCCACCCUACAGUCCUGUGGACAUGCCCAGACAUGGCUAAAUCCCAGAGUGAACACAGAUCUUGACAUCUACUACACUGCUAAUUAGCAAUGAAGCACUUUCCAUUAUAUACACACAGCCUCUUUUGCAGAUUGUUGCUGAUGAUUUACAUAACUUGCCCUUUAUUUCUAAACAGAAAAAAAUAUUAUAUUUUAGUACAUUGAAUACGUUGAGAACAUUCAGAGAUAAAAAUAUAUCACUUAUGUGGAUGGCACUUUGUGGUCUUCCUUCCAAAAAUCUGUAACUGUGGUUUAACCAUGAGAAAAACAUUAGAAAACCCAAAUCAAAGAACAAUCUAGAAAGUAUCUGACUAGUACUACAAAACUGUCAAGGUCCUCAAAACCAGGAAACUCAAAAACAGUCACCAUCAAAGGAGCCUAAGGAGGCAUAUGACUAUAAAUAAUAUGGUAACUGGCCAGGAUCUUCCAACAUUAAAAGAGCAUUAAGUAAAAAUGAAGGAAAUCUGAAUUAAAUAUGUGCUUUAGCUAAUAGUAAAAUUUGUAAAUAUUGGCUCACUAGUUAUGACAAAUAUACCAUACUAAUAUAAGAUGUUAACAAUUAGAGAAACUGGAUUCAGGUUAU